AUGGGUUGUGGUAAUUCUCACUCUAUCCUAGAGCCUAAGGGCAGAAAAAUUAUAAUGAUGGGAGCAAUAGGAAGUGGCAAGACAAGUAUUUUAUACCAGCUCACUAAGAAAAUGCAAGUUCCAGCUAUUCCCACAGUAGGUCAUAAUGCAGAAUACUUACAAAUUAAUAAAGAAAAGUUUGUUCUUUAUGAUGUAGGCGCUCGUAAUAAUGAUUUCAAUUAAAUACAGCAUCUGCUUGAAUCAGCAAUAGCAUUGGUUUUUAUGAUCGAUGCCUCCAACUCCAACGUUUAAGUUUUCAGAGAAAGUAUUGAUUUAUUUCAUUAAUGCGUCAAGUGUCCUUACUUUUAAGGAAUCCCUGUAGCCAUCUGCCUUAACAAAUAAGAUAUGGCAGAAAAUAUAUAUAUAGAUGAGGAUGUAAUUAUGAAGAACUAUCCAUUAGAUUAGAUUCAAGGAGGCAAUUAUAAAAUUUUUAAAAUGAGUUAUAAAAAUAAGACUGGAAUAGACGAACCAUUUGACUGGAUUUAAGGAUAAAAAUUGAAACCAUCUAAUGUUAAAAAGGCCCCUCGUUCUCCUAAAAGAGGUUAAGGAAACUAAUAUGGCUUCCCACUAUCAACAGAGCAACCAUAAUCUAAUGGAAGUAAGGCUUUGCCUGAGACCUAAGAUAUUUGA